GUGCAUGAGGACCCCACGGGUGCCAUGGAGAACAUCACCAACAUCGAUGGCACCACCGAGGUGAUCUUUAAGGACAGCUCGGACGGGGACAGCGAGGCAAUUACCCUCGUGACCAACAGCAGGUGCUUAGCACAAUCAGCUCGGAGGCGUCAUCGUGAUGAAGACGCGGCCACAACCAUUUUGGGUGCCAUCCGAGCUGAGAUAUUACUUCGGUGGCCGUGGAGAUUUGAUUCGCAGCCCCACGAGGUGUGGUAUGCACCACCCCUCGACGAGCCCGAAAAGUGGAUGGAGCUCUUGGAAGCUGCAGAGAAACGCCUUGGCAAAAGCAAGUACUUCUACCUCACCGACGCCUCGAAGGAGAUGAGUAUGCUCAAGCAGCUGGUGCCUUGGGAAAUUACCAAGGCACAAGUGUACGGCAAACCAAUGACAAGGCGGGUGCCGGUGGAUGUUCCCUUUACCCACCGGGGAGCUGCCCUCAUCACGAAUGGCGGCAAGCUGCAGCUCGAGAGUGAGGACAUCAGUGAAAUUCGGCAGCCCAGGCUCAAGUUUGAUGUUCCGGUGCGCAUUGCUAUCUUCUUCUACGGCAUGGCUGAGGACGACAAGGAGAUGAAGCCAGCACAUGAUGAUCCGCGGGCACAUGUUCCAGGGCUAAGGACAGAUGUGAGUUUUCCCGGGGUGCCUGACAGCAUUCCAAAGGAAGUACGUGCAGCAGUGGCCCGACUCCACUGCAAUGCUGGGCACCCGUCCAAACAGGAGACCAUACGCCUCCUUGCCGCGCACGGCUCGAUCAACAGUGCUGUGUUGACUGCCUUGGACCACCUUAAGUGCGGUACAUGUGAGAGAGCAAGGAUGCCUUUGAAACCACGUCCUGCCUCUGUGCCAGAGUUUGUUGGUCAGUUUGCCGAGCAGCUGCAAGCAGAUGUGUUUUACGUCAGAGACCUUUCUGCAAACAACCACCCGGUGCUAGGUGUGACCUGCCUCGCCACCAAGUUCUACCAGGUUGUCCUGAACGAGUUCGAUAGGCUCUGGCUGCGACCUUUUGGAUAUCCUUUGUUCAUGAGUGUCGACGCAGAUGGAGCUUUUGAGGGCGCAUUUCAGCAGCACUUGCAAGAGAGCGGCACGGUUUUCACAGUUGUGUAUGCUGACGGGCAUCAUCAAAUUGGUGCCAUUGAGAGAAAGAAUGCUGUUUUUCGGUCAGUCCUGGAGAAGCUGAUUGAUCAGAACGCUGUGUAUAACAAAGAGCAGUUGGAUUUAUGUUUGAGUGCGGUAAUGUGGUCAGUUAACAGCAGUAUCCACACAAGGGGCAGAAGCAGCAUGCAGGCAGUUUUCGGGAAACUUCCAAGAUUUCCUGGAGAUCUGUUCUCCGACAGCGCAGCGUUGGCAACCUCCGAUUACCACAUGCUAACGGAACACCUUCGGACCCAGGCCUGCCAAGCUGUGAACGAGAUGUCCGCCUCAUCAAUCAUCAGGCCCGUGGUCGCAAACGCGGCGGCUACAUCCUUGGCCGGCUCGUUGUCAAGGACGGACUCUGGGACGAUGGUCGUGAAAGCGGACCUCCUGCAAAGGAACCUCUUGAACCAGCUGUGCAUGAUCCUCAGGCUGCAGCUGGAAGUGAUGACAUUGUUGCCGGCCCCCUUCGUGACGAUGGUGCCGAAGAACAACGUUAUCAACUACCAGUUCUUUCCAAGGACGCUGCAGGUGAAGCACAGCCACUUCCUCUACAACAGCAAGACGCAUCGUACCAACAGCAGAACAUCUGGCAGUACGGCGACGGACCUGAAGCCCGACCUGGUCGUGCAAGAUCAAGGUCAAGAGGUGGGGGCGCUCUACAGACUUCGGCGCCUAGAACACCAAAGGAGCCAGAACCUUCGCGACUACCACCAGUUCCUUCUCCACUACCACAACGUUUUGGGAUCAGCAGAGUACGGUUCCGCAGAGUACGGUGAGGCUCCUCUUGAAGACGAGCCUGCAGACAACGCCGCUGACACAACGCAGGCGGCCUCAGUCGAGCCCUCAGGGCCCAAAGCAGCGACACCUCCGAGUUCGAGUCGCAUUGCAGACGAUGGACCUCCGCCGCAGCUACCUGCCAAGCGGCCACAUGAUGCACUACAAGCGCUGAAGAAGAAGAAGGACAAAAAGAAAGCCACCGCAGUUCACUCAGUCUUGCUGUCGCACUUCGUGCUUGACGAGCUCUACGAGAUCUAUAGACUUGAAGAUGGCUGGGUAGAAGACACUGAGGUUUCUUCAGAUUCAUCUGACUCUUCAGAUGAUGAUGGUGCGUCCCACGCUUCCGGGCUCUCUAGACAGGAGCGCAAAGCUAUCGACCGCGAGAUUCCUUGGAGAACCCUGAUGAAAGAGUACCCCUCGGACGUCAUCAGCCUCUAUGUGAAGGCCAACCGCAAGGAGUAUGACUCCUGGAUGUCUUGGAACUCCAUCAAGGCGCUCAGUAAGGAAGAGGCAAGACGCGUGCUCAGUGACCCCAUCCUUCGGAAGCGGGUCAUGCCCUCAAGGAACGCCUACCGUGACAAGAACAGAGGAGCCAGACCCGAAGUGCGAGCAAAGUGCAGAACUGUAAUCCAAGGGUGUCAUGAUCCUGACCUUGGUCUUCUGGACAGAUCGAGUCCAACACCGACUCGUAUCGCAGAGCUGCUGCUCUACGAAAUUGCUUGCGCAGGCUACAACAGACGCUUCCUCAAGAACAAGAAGGCCUGGAAGCUCUGGUCGGGCGAUGUUGCCACAGCUUUUCUGCAAGGUCGACCAGAGGAACGAGAUCUUCCGAUCUACAUGCGACCACCACGCGAUGGGAUACAAGGGCUCGCUGGAACGUUCCCGUUCGACCUUUAUCAGAUCGUGGGCAACCUGUACGGACUGUGCAACGCGCCGAGGACCUGGAUAAAUCAUAUUGUCCGGAAGCUCCAGGCAGCCAAUUUCAUAAGGCACCGUCUGGACCACACAGUGUACUACAAGCUCGACUCACAAGGUGAACUGCUAGUCGUGCUCCUUUUCCACGUCGACGACUUCCUGACGGCGUUUCGCGAGGACUACGAGUUCAGCGAGUUGCAGGGCAUGUUCACUUGGGGACAGACCAACCUUCUAGAUGAUGGUGACUUUGUCUUCAAGGGCAAGGAAGUCAGCCUCAAGAAGGUGAACGGCGAAUACGAGAUCCACGUCACCCAGAAGGCCUUCAUCAACGAGUUGGUGGCCGGCAAGCUCAAGCGCGGCAGAGCCUCGGAAACAACUCCCUUGACUCCUGAGGAAAUGAAGGAGUACCGCAGCUGCGCAGGGAGCUUGCAGUGGUUGGCUGGGAGUACAAGACCAGACAUUGCUGCAACAGUGUCUUUGAGCAACCAUGGCGUGAACAGCAACCCAAGCCAACUGAAGGUCCUCUACGAGUGCAUCGAUUACGUCAAGGAGACUCUAGAUCAUGGCCUGGUCUUCCGAGGAGUUGCAAUCAACUUCGCCACUGUAGUGGUUGGCUACGCAGACUCCUCCUGGGCAAAUGCUCCUGGAGGCAAAAGCCAAAUGGGCGUGAUCAUUGUGAUCACGGGACCAGAGUGCCAAGAUCAGGUCUCACGAGCUACAAUACUGGACUGGAGAAGCUCGAGGAGCCCAAGGGUGACACGGUCCACUCUUGCCAGCGAGGCAAACGCCAUGGAUGAUGGCGUGGACAGAGCCACCUUCCUCAACGUCUUCAUGUCCGAGUUUCUAAAGAGGCCCAACAGCAGUGGACAGCUUGACAAAGGAGUACUGAAGCAGCUCCAGGUGACCGAUUGCAAAUCCCUCUUCGACGCAGUUAUCUGCGAGCAUCCUUCUCUGGAAGAGAAGAGGACUCUGAUAUCAAUCCGGUCAAUCCAGGACUAUAUCAGUCCAAGUCAAGUUCACUGGGUGCCUAGCGAACUGAUGUUCGCUGACGUGCUUACAAAGCACUCGACCUCUCUGCGUGACGAGUUUCUACUCUGGAUGGACAAGCCACAUGUACAGCUGAAGGAGGAUGAACACCAAAAGAAAGUUUUUACCAGUGUGAAUUUCAGUCUUGUUGCUCCUUAG